AUGAGCCGGGGCAGCGGCGGCAGCGGCGUGAGGAGCACUCGGCUGGAGCUGCAGCUGAACCUGUCCCCACCGGUGGGGAUGGAGGUGGACGGGGGCGUGCACGACGACAGCGACUCGUCGUCGCCGAGCUCGUGCGUGUCGUCGGACGGGCGGAGCUCGAGCGGCGGCGGCAGCCCCGGGGGCAAGUCGCCGAUGGUGAUCGGCGCCUGCACGCGGUGCCUCAUGUACUGCAUGGUGGCCAAGAAGGACUACCCGACCUGCAUCAACUGCAAGCAGCCGUGCCUGGUGGACCUCCUCCACGGCGAGGCCGGUGGCCGUGGUGGCGGCGGCGGCGCCAGCGAGGCCGCCGCCGACAAGAAGCAGCAGCAGCAGCGCGGCAAGCGCAAGUGA